AUGGAGGACGCUGUAGAUGUCAAAGACGAUGUUGCAGGGUUCCGCAUGUUUACCGUCUACGACGGUCAUGCAGGAGAUGAGGCAGUGACUGUGGUCAAGAAGAUCCUGCCUGACAUCCUGGAAACUCAUCUUGAGAAAGACGGUGAUGUGGAAAAGGCUAUCUGCCUGGCCUUCAGGCACAUUGAUGAAGAGCUCGCACGGACGCUCUUGUCUGCAGCUGACACGCCCACGAAGGUGAAGAUUUCAUCCGGCACAGUCGCAUGCAUGGCGCUGAUGAAGGGCAAAGACCUAUGGGUGUGCAACCUCGGCGAUUGCCGCGCCGUUCUCUGCACGGGUGGCACCAAGGCUCAUGCUGUCUCCAAGGACCAUGCGCCAGACAAAAAUGCAGCUGAAGCCGAACGGCUUCGGACCCUCGGGGUUCACGUGAACGGCGGCUACGUUGGAGAUCACGUAGCCGUCUCACGUGCGUUUGGCAAUGUCGAGUAUGACAGCAGCGAGAAGGUCGCGGGCAUCAUCAGUGAGCCCGACGUCUUCAAGAUUGAGGUGGAUGACGAGGUCGACUUUCUUAUCCUGGCGUCCGAUGGCGUAUGGGAUCCGCUGAAGGACCAAUUCGCGGUCACGCACGCAAGAAAAGCUCUACGAACCACUGAGCAGCCAGAAGAUGCUGCGAAAGCCGUCGUCGAAAAUGCGGCCAAGGUCAGCGCAGCUGACAAUGCUGCCGCCAUUGUUGUGGUUUUUAAGUUUCCAGAGCCCUUGCCGAAGCGCAUUUCAAGGCCACGUGCGACUCUCCCAGGCUUGGACGAGCCUCCGCCAUAG